AUGGACGUUGCCGUAGUGGGCCGCUUUUUAAGUAUGGGUGCUUCUCCCGUGUUGAAAAAGGUCUUGCGGAAAGUGGCCAGGUGGUUGCCUUAUCCAGUAGAGGGCGAAGGAAGCUUGUAUGAUCACUUUGUCAAAGAAGGUGGCGACAAUAUCCACAACUUGGGUUCCGGUUCCGACUACACCGUUUUCUUGGAGCACUUGGGAAUUCCUUCGGCAGACUUGGGCUUCAAGCAAGGCAAGGGUGAUGCCAUCUACCAGUACCAUUCCAACUACGACUCGUACUACUGGAUGUCGCAGUUUGGGGACAAGGACUUUGUCUACCACAACUUGGCUGCCAAGUAUCUUGGGGCUGUAGCGUUGGAAUUAAGCAACAAGGCUGUGAUUGAUUUUUCUGUGGAAGAUUACGCGGCAGACUUACUCAAGUAUUAUGCGGAAAUUGAGGAGACUAUUCCGCAUGAAUGGUAUAACAAGCCAAUUCUGCAUGCGGCUAUGCAGAGUUACUUGGACGAUCUCGAUGCAGACCUUUAUGUUUAUGAAGCUUCGAACGAGUACUAUUUCCCGCAAGAGAGAUAUUAUUUCCCGGAGUUCAUGACUCCUUUCCAAUGCGGCCACAACCGCCGAAUGAAGAUGCGGGCUCCUUCGCAUCACACCAACGUGACAUUUGGAAAACUUGUGGAGCAUACUAAAGUACAGUUGCAGCAGUUGCAGGAGGCCGCGCAGGAGUUUGACGUGCGGAGCGACAAGUUGCAGGAUGCAUACAGACACCGUGCAGACUUGCACUGGUGGCAGAAGCUCCGCCUCCACUUUGAAAUCAGGCACCACAACAAGUUGCUCCAGUACUUCGAGCGGAAUUUCCUCUACCACCAUGGACUUGACCAGAGAUCGUGGUUUAAACACAUCGUUUUCGCGUCGGGUAGGUACACAGGCUAUGCAGGACAAACAUGGCCUGGUGUGCGUGAGGCUAUCGAGGAUGCGGACUUGGACCGCGCAGUAAAAUGGCUUGGCAUUAUCGCCCGCGCCGCAAAAAGAACAGGUUUCAGUUUGCACUGA